UUGAAGUGCUUUAAAAACAGUAUAAAGAUAAUUUUAUUAUUAAAAUUUUGUUUUAAAAUUAUUCCAGACGUAAUAAAAAUAUUAUGAAUAAAAUGAUGUCCAGUAUCCCUUUAAAUGGCAUUCUGUUUUUAUUGGUCACAGUUCACAAUGCUAAUUGUUCAAUUCACCAUAAUCUGAGAUACUUUGAAACACUACACGCAUCAAGUCUUGAACAUCAUGUUGUAAAGCGAGGAAUAAAACAGUCUAUGCACCCAUUCAAUACUAUCAAAGAGCUAAAAUUUCGUACUUUAGGAAAGGAUUUCAAGUUAAUCCUACAUCCCCACAAUAGUGUGUUGCAUUCAAAAUUCAAGGCUUAUGCAGUAGACGGUGAUGGAAAUAAAACUAUUGUUCAUAUUGACCGUGAAAACUUUUACACUGGAAGAGUUUUUGGGGAGACAUCAUCUGAUGUAAAAAUUCAUAUUGAUGAUGGUGUUAUUACAGGAAUUAUACAUACACUUGGGGAAACAUAUCAUAUUGAGCCUUCUUGGCGUCACUUGCCGCAUCUAGAUGAGAAAAGUAUGAUCACAUAUCGCUCUUCCGAUAUUCGCUUUAGUUGGUCUGGUUCUGGCGGAGACAAGCCGCGUGUUUGUGGUUAUGUGAAAGAAGGAAAAGAAUUGGAAGAUGAUGAUGAAGAAGAAGAAAAUGAAGAUUUGGAGACAAUACAAGAGCAAUCUGAAAAAGAUAAAUACUUGGAUCAUAUAUUCAACAAAGAAAUCGACUCCAGUAGAGUACAAACUAAUACUAAGAGUGGGAAGAGACUAAAACGGCAGAGUGACUAUGAAUAUACUCCGACCAAAACCCGCUGCCCGUUACUUCUAGUCGCUGAUUAUAGAUUCUUUCAGGAAAUGGGUUCUAGUAACACCAAGACUACUAUCAGCUAUUUGAUAAGUCUUAUAGAUCGGGUACAUAAAAUAUACAAUGAUACCGUUUGGCAAGAUAGACAGGAUAUGGAUGGGUUCAAGGGUAUGGGAUUUGUGAUCAAAAAGAUUCUGGUUCAUUCAGAGCCGACACGCGUACGCGGUGGCGAGGCGCAUUACAAUAUGGUUCGAGAAAAGUGGGACGUGCGCAAUUUGCUUGAGGUAUUUAGCCGCGAAUAUUCUCACAAGGACUUUUGCUUGGCUCACUUGUUCACGGACCUAAAGUUUGAGGGUGGUAUUCUGGGGCUGGCUUACGUCGGCUCGCCAAGAAGGAAUUCUGUUGGAGGCAUUUGUACACCAGAAUACUUCAAGAACGGCUACACGCUAUACCUGAACUCUGGUCUGAGCUCGUCCCGCAACCACUACGGGCAGCGCGUGAUCACGCGCGAGGCGGACCUGGUGACCGCGCACGAGUUCGGCCACAACUGGGGCUCCGAGCACGACCCCGACGUGGCCGAGUGCUCGCCCGCUGCCAGCCACGGGGGGUCCUACCUCAUGUACACGUACAGUGUCAGCGGAUACGAUCUUAAUAAUAAGAGAUUUUCUCCAUGCAGUUUGCGGUCGAUUCGAAAAGUGUUGCAAGCUAAAUCUGGCCGAUGCUUUUCGGAACCAGAAGAGAGCUUCUGUGGGAAUUUACGUGUCGAAGGCGGGGAAGAGUGUGAUGCGGGAUUAUUAGGUACCGAAGACAACGAUAUGUGCUGCGACAAGAAUUGCAAACUAAGAAAAAAUCAGGGCGCACUUUGUAGCGACAAGAACUCGCCGUGCUGUGCGGGCUGCGUGUUCGCGCCGCCCGGCGUGGUGUGUCGCGAGGCAGCGCACUCCGCGUGCGAGGGCGAGGCCACCUGCAACGGAGCCUCCGCUGACUGCCCCAAGGCGCCGGCGAUAGCGGACGAGCACGAGUGCGCAGAGCGCGGGCGGUGCCGCAACGGGUCGUGCGUGCCGUACUGCGAGACGCAGGGCAUGCACAGCUGCAUGUGCGAUAUUGUUGCGGAUGCAUGUAAACGUUGUUGUCGCAAGAGUUUGAACAAGACGUGUUUCCCGGUGGCUCAUAAUGAUAUACUCCCAGACGGCACUCCCUGCAUACAAGGCUUUUGCAAUAAGGGAGUUUGCGAGAAAACUAUACAAGAUGUAGUGGAACGGUUUUGGGAUAUAAUAGAAGAUAUAAACAUUAACAAUGUGCUGGGUUUCCUGCGAGACAAUAUUGUUGGCGUGGUCGUGCUUGUCACCGCCUUUAUCUGGAUUCCUGCUAGUUGUGUGAUAAGUUACGUGGACCGUCGCCGGCAGCGAUUGCAGCAGAAGUGGCAGGCGUGGGAGCGACAACACGACCUCGUGCACCCGUCCUCGCCGCGCAAGAUUAUACACACCAGAUUACCAAAGCAAAAACCACCCGGCAUGAAAACUGUUAUUCAAGGCACAAGUCAGCUGUAGUAGUUAGUGUCAUUAGUAGAUUAUAAGAAAUACAUUUAUUUAAUAAAAAA